UACCUUUUCUCUACAACCUUCCUCCACACCACACUCCUCAAUUCAACUUCAAAAGAGAAAAUGUCAAAGUACCAAUACGAAACAGUCAAGGUUCAAGUAUUCCUUGAUGGUGUUGCCCAUGUCGAACUGAAUCGUCCCAAUCACUUGAACACAUUCAACGAAACGCUGGCGAGCGAUGUCGGAAAGUGCUUUGCGGAUAUUAGCAGCGACAGUGAUGUUCGUGCCGUUGUAUUAUCCGGUACAGGUCGUAUGUUCACAGCUGGUUUGGACUUGACCGAUAACGUCUUGUUGAAGGAUCACGGUGAUAUGGAUGUUGCUAGACAAGCCUUUGCCUUGCAGGAGCAUAUUCAGUGGUUCCAAGGCGCUAUGACCUCCCUUGAAAAAUGCUCCAAGCCAGUCAUUGUCGCUAUGCAUAAUGGCGUUUUUGGCGCUGGCAUCGAUUUGUCCACCGCAGGUGAUAUCCGCUAUGCUACCAAGGACUCUUUCUUUUGUGUCAAGGAAGUUGACGUGGGUCUUGCAGCCGAUGUCGGCACUUUGCAACGUUUGCCCAAGGUCAUUGGUAAUGCCAGUCUGGUCCGUGAAUUGUGCUAUACCUGCCGCAACAUGUAUGCGGAUGAGGCAUAUCGAUGUGGUUUCAUUAGCAAAGUGUUCGAUACCAAGGAGCAACUUAUUGAGGGAGCACUUAAGACUGCUAAAUUGAUCGCAACCAAGUCGCCCGUCGCUGUCGUUAGCACAAAGCACUUGUUGAACUAUUCCCGCGACCAUAGCGUUGAUGAAGGCUUGCAAUACACUGCCGUCUGGAAUAGCGCUAUGCUCAUGACUGAGGAUAUUCCCAAAUCCGUCGAAGCGUUCGUCACCAAGAAGCCUGUGACAUAUUCCAAGCUCUAAUAGUGGAAUAAAGUCAUGUUUCUGUACCACUGGCGGAAUAACACGCUUUUGUUUUAUAUGACUUUAUAAAUGUCCAAGUUCUUACUAAUAAGGUGCCGGUGAUCGGAGGCAGUGUGAUGUGCCAAGGGCCACAAACUUUAAAGCGAGCUUAUACGCUUGUCAUACAAAGGGAGAAAAAUGUUCCUCAGCUUCAGACUCGCUGGCUACUGAUACUUUGUCGACAUCGCAAAUUCGAGCUAUUGCAGUGGCUCUUCGUCGGUCAAGCGUAUCUGGAAGGGUACGAAAGAUCACACCCCGGAACGAUUGCAUCAGUUCGCUAGGUCGCGUCACGUGCUCAAGCAUUUUUUUUUCUCGAGUUUUUUUUU